AUGGCAUCAACAAACCCCAUAGGGUCUUCUGCGCCUUCGUCUAACAUCAACUCGCCAAUCUUGCCGCCCAGUAGUACACCAUUUUUUAACGGGACGUUGUCUGACGCGAAUGCGAGAUCUUCGCCUAUACCCCAAGGCAAUGCAUCGUCUCAGGCUGAUUCUGCAAGAUCAAAACGCAACAAGCGUGACAGUCGCAAGAAGCGUGAGGCGAAAGGGCUUGACCAAGAAGCUCCACCCAAGAAGAAAGCAGUGGCUGUUCAAAAUACCGCUCUUUCCAGCUGGGAUCUCAAUAUACUUCGACCGUUGUUGCUUGCUGAACCCCGGCCAUCAGAUCUACUGCCUCCCCAACCUCGCCAGCUGAACCUUGUGGAUAAGAAAGCCUCCGAUGUGACUGGGCAGGUCCGGGCCUUCUAUGAGGUUGUCGACAAGCUCACUAAUAAAAAUGGGUUUCGUUACGGCUAUGCCAUAGCUGAUCCUGGCUUUCCCCAUAUCAAAUAUCGCCAGACCGAUGUUCGCCCCUACCAGGCACGGUUCAGUUUCGAAGACUCGCCAGCAGCGAUUCUCUUUAGCGAAGAUGCGCUUGCAGUCACAACCAGUGACCCAUGGCACACGGCCCGUGCCAAUGUCUGCGCACGAGAAGGGAAUUUCUACUAUGAAGCACGUGUAAUUAGCGGUGUGGUGAGCGACACAAAAACUGACUCCUCUAGCGGCAAUCUUGGGCGGCCUUCGAGGGGUCAUGUUCGUCUUGGAUUCGCCAGGCGAGAGGCAGAUCUUGACGUGAACGUUGGCGUUGAUUGUUAUGGGUACGGAAUUCGGGAUGUAAACGGUGAGGUAGUGAAUCGAAUGCGCUGCGAGUAUUUCUUCCCGAAGGGAGAGGCAAUCCGGGAAGGCGAUGUCAUUGGAAUGCUCAUUUCCCUUCCGCCACUAUCACUCCACAAGAAAAUAGUCGAGGGGACUUAUGAUCCCGCUACCGAUGAAAUCACCAACGCAGAAGCGCCUUCCGCCGUCAACAUCAUUCGUGAUCGAAUUCCAUUCCACUAUAAAUCUGACUUUUGCUGGCAACAAUCGAAUAUAUUCCCUACCAAACACUUGCGUGACUAUGCCUUCAAUCUUAAAGAAACCCCAACAUUCGGGCCCCCAUCUCCGCUGAAUUCGGAGGAUGCGUCCUUGCGGACACUUCCAGGCUCAAGCAUCACAAUAUUCAAAAAUGGCGUCAAGAUGGGCACACCCUUCAAAGAAUUAUACGCAUUUCUUCCCCCGGCCAGUCGUCUCGCCAACGGUACUAAUAAUCUUGGACUUGGGGAGCGCGAGAACGCAGAUGACGGGAUGAUUGGCUACUACCCUGCUGUCAGCUGUUACGGUGGCGGUGCGGUUGAAUGCCGCUUCGAAGGUCCUUGGUGGGUUGGGCCGCCUUCUCACACAGAGAGCGGAGCGCCGAUUCGAGCUUUCGGGGACCGGUUCAGCGAGCAGAUAGCGGAGGACGUCGUGGCCGACAUUGUCGACGAGGUCGAAGCAAUGUUUCUGUGGGGUGGCAUUGAUGGAGAUAUUGUCGGCAAUUCGGAGAUGGAUGGUUCCAGCUCUGGGCCAGUAGGGGGUUCUGAAGUCCUCAAGGCAGGGGUCGGCGCAGCAUAUGAGUCCGCCUUAGCAUCGAGUGCGAAGCUUGAAUCCGCAACCAUUGAUAACCCUGCGGUAGAAAGAACCGGCGAGGUACCAGAGCUAGAUCCUGGACUAGGUCCUGGCCAUAUCACAUUCGACGGUACAAUGAAUGUUGAUACCGCGGACACCCCCAAUGCAGCAACUCCCUCGACUGUGCCGGAAAACCCGACGGUUGGGGAGGAUACUGAAAUGUCUUGA